AUGAAGAGCAUUACUGAAUGCAUGGGCUUUGGCUUUUCAUUGAGGCAAGAACCUUGGGGUGCCAUAAAGACCACUCUAGAGUAUCUGUGGGAUGUUUACUCAAAGCCGACCCAGGCUGCCAAGGAGGUCCUGACGUUACUUUCUAUGUGUUUCAUUAUCGCCAUGGUGACUGGUAGUCUCCUCUACCAUUGGAUGACAGAGAUCCUGAGAUAUGACAGUGGUACUUCCAGCACUGCUGCCUGCAUCUAUAGCGUGGCCAUCCUUUUCCUCUCGUUCCUCUGUCAUCCUCUCCGUUGUGUGCUAACUAUGAUCUUGCCCACUCUGGGCACCAAACAGGGGCGCAAGCUGAUCAUUUCCACCUCUGUGAUUGUGUUAGUGUUGAGCAUCAUCCUUAACAUAACCGUUAACAUGGGAGUGGUGAUGCACGUUUUAAAGUGCACCUCUGAAGGUUUUGUCCACUCUCUUUUAAACUCAUCUGAGCUGUUUCAAGAAGCAAAGAGAGAUCUUGUUAGAGAGACUAUCAAAGUGAAACAGGAAGAACUGAAUAUUGUUAACAGAUUGAGUAAAUUUGAUCAUUUUACACACAUUGAUGUGUCAAAGGUCAAAAAUACAUUUGUUACUGUAAGCAAGCAGAUUGAGAGUGACUUUUCACGUGCCAAUAAACUGCUGGAGGAUUAUAAACUUCUGUCAAACAGGAUUCUGGCGGCCAUCUUUCUAAUCUACCUGAUAGUUGAAUCAGCCUACUACCUGAAGUCAUAUGUCAUUUCAGUUAAGUUUGACAACGUUUACAUCACAAGACAGUUGCUGCAAAAAGCAUCUGAUGAUGGAAUCCAGAUAGAGCCAACUAACUUGAAAAAUAUGGUCAAUUCCACAAGUUGUAAAAUAACAAAACAGGAAUUUACCAGAUGUCUUGCUCCCAUGGUAGUGGUGACUUUGUAUUUAAUUGUUAUUAUCUUCAUAAUGGUUUUGGAUCACAUUGUGUACCAUCUAGUUACAGUGAGUGUGCCUUGGCUGCAGGAUGUUCCAGCUACAUCUGUCAGCAUAGCUGUGAAAUAUAAGAUUCACCUGCGCUUUCCAGGUCUAUGUAUUAUCCCAGCUAUCUGUAGGGAUACAGAACUGGCAAACUUCCACAAGCAGUAUGACUGGACAUUUAGCCCAGAGGCUUUACACUGUGAUAUUGAGCCCUCUGCACCAGACCUGAGAGUUAGGGUCUUCCUGGGACUACUCUGUCUGGUGAGCUACAUCAUGGUGUUGCUGGAGGUCUACGCCAGGCGCAUCCGCAGAAAAGUGUCUGCAUCCUUCUUCAAAACGCAGGAGGAAAAAAGAAUUAAUUUCUUAUUGAAGAAGAUACAGGCGAAACAGGACACAAGAGAAAACAAUAUAUUUUUCAUCGAAGCUGUGAAUGAGACCAGCGUUCACACAAACCAAAACGUAAUUUGA